AGUUUGCAACUUUUUGACAAAUAAAGAGACAUACGAUACUAUUUUGCAUUAAAUAUUAUAUAUUUUUGGAGCAGCAAAAUCAAACCUGACUUCCAUACUUGCUGCUGAACGCUACACACGAUAACCUCAAUGGCAGCUGUGGCAAUGCACAUGCCUGUGAGCUGAAUAACAUUUAUACCGGGGACCGAGAGAGGAGGACAAAUAGGCAGAAAUGUCUCGCCACAGAAAUGUUCGAGGUUACAACUACGACGAAGAUUUUGAAGACGAUGACAUGUAUGGACAGUCUGUGGAUGAUGACUACUGUAUAUCACCAGCAACAGCCAAUCAGUUCAUCUAUUCACGAAGAGAGAGGCAAGCACCAAAAGAGGAGCCUUUAGAAGAGGAAGAAUAUGAAGUUGAGGAUGUUCCCAUGUCUCCUGCAGUUGACCACAACUUUGACCCUCUUGAGCAAGCAAAGCUGUAUUCCUGCCUGGACCACAUGCGGACUGUGCUGGGAGAUGCAAUGCCAGACUCGGUCCUGACCCAGGCAGCUGUAAAACAUGGCUUUGACCCACAAAGGGCACUGGAUGCGGUGCUGUCCGAAGACACCAAAACAGCCCCGGUUACCAGAGGUGCAGAUGAACAGAUGGCUUCAGUUGGCAAAGUUAUUCAAGAGAAGACGCCUCUUCCAGAAAGAACCAAACAGGAGACCAUGGCUGAGAAAGCUAAAAGCAGAGACAUGUCCCACAAUAAACUGGAUUCUGAAGUGGUACCCAAAGUGGCCCGUAUGACUGUUUCUGGAAAGAAGCAAACGAUGGGAUUUGACGUUCCCAGAACGGGGGAGAACGGCCUCGUCGCCACUUCUGUUCGACGAGGCGGCAGCCCUGAAAACGCAGCUGUUCCUGAGCCCACUUCAAGACGUCCUGAGACCCCAUCUAAGGGAUCAAAUGGGGAUGAGUCCUCUGCUGGUGCCACACCGGGGCGGUCUUCUGGGAAAACCCGGCAGGCGAUUAACAUCAAGACAGAACUGGAGAAGAGACAAGGGGGAAAACCUCUGUUAAACUUGGUAGUUAUAGGGGUAACGUCAACAAGCGCACCAUGCACAAAUAUGAGCAGGAGUCAAAAAAGGCAGGAAAAGCUUCAUUCGCCUACGCCUGGGUUCUGGAUGAAACUGGGGAGGAGAGGGACAGAGGUGUGACGAUGGACGUGGGCAUGACAAAGUUUGAGACGAACUCCAAAGUGGUGACUCUGAUGGACGCACCGGGACACAAAGACUUCAUUCCCAACAUGAUAACAGGCGCUGCACAGGCGGACGUGGCGGUGCUGGUGGUGGAUGCCAGCAGAGGAGAGUUUGAGGCCGGCUUCGAGGCCGGCGGUCAGACCAGGGAGCACGCUCUGCUGGUGCGAUCGCUGGGCGUCACCCAGCUGGCCGUUGCUGUCAACAAGAUGGACCAGGUGAACUGGCAACAGGAGCGGUUCCAAGAAAUCACCUCCAAACUGGGCCAUUUCCUAAAGCAGGCAGGAUUCAAGGAGUCGGAUGUUUUCCUCGUCCCCACCAGCGGCCUGUCGGGUGAAAACCUCAUUAACAGGAGUUCAGUACCGGAGCUCACGUCUUGGUACACCGGAGCCAGCCUGCUGGAGCAGAUCGAUGCAUUCAAAGCCCCUCAGCGGUCUGUAGACAAACCUUUCAGACUGUGCGUCUCAGACGUGUUCAAAGACCAGGGUUCAGGCUUCUGUGUGACUGGGAAGAUCGAGGCCGGUUACAUUCAGACUGGAGACAAAAUACUGGCAAUGCCGCCCAACGAAACUUGCACUGUUAAAGGAAUAACUCUCCACGACGAGGCUCUGGACUGGGCUGCAGCAGGAGAUCAUGUCAGCCUCACCGUCACUGGCAUAGACAUCAUCAAGAUUAAUGUCGGCUGUGUGUUCUGCCAUCCAAAAGAGCCGAUUCGGGUCUGUACUCGAUUCCGAGCCAGAAUCCUCCUCUUCAACAUCGAGGUUCCCAUCACGCAAGGCUUUCCAGUGUUGCUGCACUACCAGACCGUCAGCGAGCCGGCCACCAUCAGGAAACUGAUCAGCAUUCUGCACAAGAGCAGCGGUGAAGUCCUCAAGAAGAAACCAAAGUGUUUGAGUAAAGGCAUGAAUGCUGUCGUGGAGAUCCAGACCCAGAGGCCGGUGUCUUUAGAGCUGUACAAGGACUUCAAAGAGCUGGGCCGCUUCAUGCUGCGAUACGUCGGCUCCACCAUCGCUGCGGGGGUCGUCACAGAGAUCAGAGAAUGAAGGUUCGUUUCUACCAGCACAGAGCCCGUCGGACUGAACAAAUUCUCCCGGAGGUGCCGCUGUGGAAUCAGAGAUUCUUUUUCCUCUCCAUCCAGUUCUCCUGUCGGUGCGGCGGCUUCGUCCAACACUAACUUCACAAACAUGUCUCUGUUUAACCCACAUCAGACUAAAAAAAAAACCAAUCUGUGCUCUCACUGAAGGAACUGCAGUUAAUUAUUAUUGUCAGACCAUCUGGAUGACUCCUGCGCUCUGCUUCAUUUUAGUUAAUGAACAAAACUAAAUUCCUCUCUUCAUAUUUCAACAUUCAGCUCCCAGUUUAAACUGGGACACGUUGCUCCAAAUGAAAAACUGAAUGAAAACCUGACGAAAAUGUUGCGUCUCUUGGGACUGGAUGACAAAAAGGCUUGUUGAAGUAUUUUUUGCAUUUUGAGUUGCAUCGCUGCGAAGAAAUGAUAUGGAUCAACGCCUGCUCUCUCCCAGGCGGUCGUUUGUAAAGCAAAACGAAACAAUGAAAUUUAAUUUACUUAGGAGAGAAAGACAAAAGAGCUUGAAAGCUUCCACAUGAAAAUAAAAGUAAAGCAGCAAACGUGACAUUUUAAGGGCUGACUUUUUUUGAUGGUUAAAGUCUUUUUGUUUGUUUGAAUUCAGGAGAUGUUAAAUGAAUUUCACAUCAGCAACUUGUAGUUUGCCUUUUGGUCAAACUGAUCCAAUCAGUGGAGGAGAACCUCUAUCAUGUACCAGAUUUACAGCGUGACAGUCCUGCAUGGCCACAAACCUGAUUUCUGUUCAGUCCAUAACGCAGAAAUGGGACGGCGUCCACUUCCUGUCAGCUGUAGAAGUGACAUGCUGCAGCUGGUCUCUGCACCCCAGACAACAUGUCCUUUAACGUACAGAAAGAAGAAUCAAACGCACACGUUCUGCAGAAUAAAAUGAGAUGGCAACACUUGA